UUACAAUCAGGGGUUCUUACACUCAGGGGUCUUACAAUCAGGGGUCUUACAAUCAGGGGUCUUAAAAUCAGGGAUUCUUACAAUCAGGGGUCUUUCAAUCAGGGGUUCUUAACAAUCAGGGGUUCUUACAGUCAGGGGUUCUUAACAAUCAGAGGUUCUUACAAUCAGGGGUCUUACAUUCAGGAAUUCUUUCAAUCAGGGGUCUUACAUUCAGUAAUUCUUACCAUCAGGAGUCUUACAAUCAGAGGUUCUUACAUUCACGGGUUCUUACAAUAAGGGGUUCUUACAAUCAGGGGUUCUUACACUCAGGGGUCUUAUAAUCAGGGAUUCUUACAAUCAGGGGUCUUACAGUCAGGGGUUCUUAACAAUCAGGGGUUCUUACAGUCAGGGGUUCUUACAGUCUGGGGUUCUUAACAAUCAGAGGUUCUUACAAUCAGGGGUCUUACAUUCAGGAAUUCUUACAAUCAGGGGUCUUACAAUCAGAGGUUCUUCCAUUCAGGGGUUCUUACAAUCAGGAGUUCUUACAAUCAGAGGUUCUUACAACCAGGAGUUCUUAAAAUCAGGGGUCUUACAGUCAGGGUUUCUUAUAAUCAGGGGUCUUACAACCAGGGGUUCUUACAAUCAGGGGUCUCACAAUCAGGAGUUCUUACGAUCAGGGGUUCUUAUAAUCAGGGGUAUUUACGAUCAGGAGUCUUACAAUCAGGGGUUCAAAUUAACGUGUCUUUCAUGACGAGUCUGUUCCCAGAUGUUGAUAUUGAUCGUAAAAUCUUGCUGAUCGUAAAUUCUCAUAUCAAGUGCGUAUCCUCUGCUCAGUUGUUGAAACUGACCUUACAAGAUCAUAUUCAUAUUAAACCCGUGCCCAGAUGUUUAUUGUGAUUGCAUAAUCUUACAUCUAGGGGUCGGCGCGCAGAUGUUGACAUCAAUCGUGAAUUUUCCUUACAUCCAGGGGUCUUAUAUUUAGGGGUUCUUACAAUCAGGGGUCUUACAAUCAGGGGUCUUACAAUCAGGGGUUCUUACGAUGAGGGGUUCUCACGAUCAGGGGUUCUCACAAUCAGUGGUUUACAUCAUUGUAUCUUAAAUAACACAUCUGUGCCUAGUUAUUGAUCGUUGUUCCUUACAUUUGGGGCUUCAAAUGAACGUGUCUUACAUGACAAGUCUGUGUCUGUGUCCGUGUUGAUCGUAAACGUUUACAUCUAGUGCGUAUCGUGGGGGGUCUUACAAUCAGGGGUUCUUACGAUCAGGGUUCUUACAAUCAGGGGUUCAAAUGAUCAUGUAUUACGUGACGAGUCUGUGCCCAGGGGUCCAUGUUGAUCGUAAACUUUAACAUCUAGUGCGUAUCGUGUGCUCAGAUGUUGAUAUUGACCUUACAAUGUCACAUCCAUGUUAAACCUGUGUCUUCAUGUUUAUAUCGAUCGUAAAAUCUUACAUCAAGGGGUCUGCGCGCAGAUGUCGAUAUCGAUCGUGAAUGCUUUCAUUACAUCCAAGGGUCUUAGAUUCGUAUCUUACAUCCAGGGAUUUUUAAUUGUACCUCUGAAUAGUCGCUACGUAACGAUGACGAGUUAUAUAAAGGGGUGUUUUUUCGAAAUUGUACGGUAGUUUUAUAUAAGGGUUCCCACCUACUGAUAUUGAUCUGUCUCAUCCAUGCAUUCUGUAAGAUCCCCAUCAAUUCAUGUAAAGGCCAUUCCACUAUAACUUAUAGAAACUCAGUAAUUUCGACUUCGCCAGGUUUCGCUAUGAUAUUUCAACACAAGAUUGGGACAGGGUUAACAGUUAUGAUGACCCAAACGUUAGGUGGGACAACUGGAAAAAUAUAUUUUUUUCAAUGUGUUGAUAAGCACGCCCCACUGCAUACAAAAUGCAUUUGGGCAUCUAAAUCACCCUGGAUCACACCUUAGUUGAAGAAAAGAAUGCAUUAGAAAGAUGUUCUCAAAGUGAAGGCCGUUCGUUCUGGGAAUGCAUGCGACUGGAUGCUAUUAAAAAACUGUUGCAACACUGUAAACAGUGAAAUCAAACAAGCCGAGGAAAAAUUCUUUAAAAUAAUUCAAAACUGCGUAGCAUGAAAACGAAGAUAAUUCCCACAUGACUUGGUGAAUGACCAAUAAACCUAUUUCGAGAAAAAUACACAGCUCUUCUGUAAAAGAGAUUAAAUUAAAUAACAGUAGAAUUAGCGAUUAGCUGAAACUCUUGUCUGCUUUUAAUGAUCAUUUUUAACUCGUGAAUUGCGCGCAUGCGCAAGAGCGAGUUUUAGAUAUGAUGUGGAGAAUGGCACUCGCUCGCUCGCUCGAUUCCUGUAAAGUUCUUUUCGAUUUUAGGCUUUUGAGUGCAUUUGAUAGUUUUUGGCGAGUAAUAAACAAACGAAAUGGCGACCUUUGUUGCUAAGAAUAGUGGUGGGGUGAAAAAGAAGUCAAUGAUAAUCUUAGAAGAGUUUUUUUUUUUUUUUAGUUUCAACAAGCGGCGCCAGCGACUAGCAGGCAUGCAAGGAUUAACACUGAAAUAACAGAAACUUCGUUUUUCAUAAAAUUGUAAUUUACAAUCCUUGAACUUGAAAACAAUCCGAAGAUUCAUUGAAAAUAUCACUUACUGCGAAGCGCUCAGAGUUUACGGAUGUUCAAAAGCUUUUUCUGUUAUGGCGUGAGAUUGAGGACAAAAUCGAUCAUUACGUUUCGUAUCGUGAGUGAGUUUUUUCCUGUUUGAAGCAACAAAAGAUGCUCGGGAUAUUGAGUUUCAAAGGGUUCACAGAUUGGGAAAGAGAAGCGACAAGAAAGGCAAGCCACGAGUUAUCAUAGCACGUUUCCUUCGUUACACCGAUCGAGAAGCGGUCUUCUCUCUGCGUGCUUCCCUAGAUAAAGAAUCCGAAGUCGGAAUUGGGCCUGACCUUCCUAAAGAUGUGGGGGAUAUGCGUAAACCUCUUAUCCCUAAGAUGCUCGAGACGAGAAAGCAGGGAAAGCAUGCGGCCUUCAGCAGAGCAGAACCAUAUAAACUGUUUAUUGACGGUAAACAAUUCAAUUAACUUUAUCUUUGUUUAUUCAUGGAUAAUCUUUUCACUAGCUCGCAAGUGCUUACUGCUGGACCUUUAUGUGUGUACUUAUGGUAAGCAAUUCCUAAGGUAAUGUAAAGGAACCUAUUUUUUUCUCUCUCAGAAUUCAACGAUAGGAGCUCUUAAGAUCUCUUAUUUCACUUCAUUUAGCUCCUCAAUAACAAAAGCUUAUUCCGCGUGGCUGAAGCGUAUUCCCAUGGGGCGGUUCCAUUCCAUCGUAGCUUUCAACAGUUCUUUUUUUUUACUGGCUACGUUUAGAACCUUUAGAACUUUUGGCCUUUUGUUUUUUGUAGUGUUGCUUUAUGUAGUGUUGCUUUGUCCGACAUCCGCUCUCUCUGGAGUGAUAGCUAUUGUUCGGUUGUUUAUCAUUGCAAUUUAUUUUUAUGAUAAUUUCUACCAUAGAUCACAAUAAUAUUAAGUUUAAAGUUGUAUCGCUAAACGUUCGUGGAAUUCGCACU